UCUUCCCCUCCUUCUUUUCUCUUCACUCCCCAUUCGCUGCUGUCUCCACCCCAGAUUCCCGUGCAAUUUUCCCCCAAUCCCCCAAACACUUAAUUGAGCAAUUGGGAUUCCUCACGUGUGGGCUGAUUUGUAGUUUGAACACGUGGCUCAUUCAGAAAAAAAAAAGGAGCCGGAAUAGCGGAGGAUCUUUUUUUUUUUUUUACUCCUCCUUGCCCUUUCUUCUUCUUAUUCUAGGCUGAAGACUCAGAGGCGGGCCAGCCCUACUGUGUCUGUGACAGUCUCUGUCUCUUUGCCAAAAGGGGGUUUUUCGGAGGAAGACGCAAAAGUAGUUUCUCCUCCUUUAUUUUCCUCGCCCGGCCCGCCAUCGGAUUUUUUUUUUUUUUUUUUUUUUGGAGAGAGGCGAGAUUAAUAAUUGAGCAUUUAUUUAUUGCGCGGCUGUGACAGAGGACAGAGGGGGGUGGCGAGGGAGCGCAAACGCACUGUGGAGGGGCUGGCAGUUUAAACCUAUCUGUGGCUCGAACCGGACCGGGAAGCACGCCACAGCCGCUCCGUAGUAGUAGUAGUAAAAGGGCUAGGGAAUAAAAAAGACAAACAGGGCGCAUAUCGGCGAGAGAGAGAGAGAGGGAACGAACGACCGUCUCUUCUCCACCUCCCUCCAGCGUAAAACUCGUCCCGUUUCGGCGUGGAACAUGAAUAAGCUAUACAUCGGCAACGUGAGCGCAGAGGCGAGCGAGGAGGACUUGGAAAGUGUCUUCAAGCAGUGGAAGAUUCCGCACAGUGGCUCGUUUCUCGUCAAAACUGGCUACGCGUUUGUGGAUUGCCCCGACGAGAAGGCGGCGAUGAUGGCCAUCGAUGUUCUUUCAGGUAAAGUUGAACUUCAUGGGAAAGUUCUGGAAGUGGAGCACUCUGUCCCUAAACGUCAAAGGAGCUGUAAGCUGCAGAUCAGGAACAUCCCGCCUCACAUGCAGUGGGAGGUUUUGGACGGUAUGCUUGCACAGUAUGGUGCAGUAGAGAGCUGUGAACAAGUAAACACUGAUACAGAGACUGCCGUAGUGAAUGUUCGAUAUGCAACCAGGGACCAGGCAAGACUAGCAAUGGAGAAGCUGAAUGGAUCAAUGAUGGAGAACUUUGCCUUGAAAGUGUCAUAUAUCCCAGAUGAGACGGCUACACCAGAGGGUGGUCCUGCAGGUGGUCGGAGAGGCUUCAACGCCCGCGGGCCUCCUCGUUCUGGCUCUCCGGGUUUGGGCGCCCGUCCCAAAGUGCAGUCGGACAUCCCGCUGCGCGUGCUGGUGCCCACGCAGUUCGUAGGGGCCAUCAUUGGCAAGGAGGGGGCCACCAUACGGAACAUCACCAAACAGACCCACUCAAAGAUCGACAUCCACCGGAAAGAAAACGCAGGAGCAGCAGAAAAACCCAUUACGAUUCACUCCACUCCCGAGGGUUGUUCAAACGCCUGCAGGACCAUCAUGGACAUCAUGCAGAAGGAAGCAGUUGACACAAAGUUCACUGAGGAGAUCCCACUGAAGAUCCUUGCACACAACAACUUUGUAGGAAGAUUAAUAGGAAAAGAAGGCCGCAACCUGAAGAAAAUCGAGCAAGACACGGGGACCAAGAUCACAAUCUCACCGCUCCAGGAUCUCACUUUGUACAAUCCCGAGCGGACCAUCACAAUAAAAGGCUCCAUCGACGCCUGCUCCAGAGCGGAGGAGGAGGUGAUGAAGAAGAUCAGGGAAUCCUAUGAGAGCGACAUGGCUGCUAUGAGUCUCCAAUCCAACCUCAUUCCUGGCUUGAAUCUGAACGCUUUGGGUCUGUUCCCCAGUGGAGCCCCAGGCAUGGGCUCCUCAAUGGCCAACGUCCCGCCUCCUGGAGCUCAUGGUGGCUGCUCGUAUGGCUGCAGUCCUUAUGGGGCUGAGGGGCCAUUUUGGGCUUCUAUGCUGUCGGCGAGCAGCCAGCCACUUGCUGGUCAGCCGGAGUCUGAGACGGUUCACCUGUUCAUCCCUGCGCUUGCUGUGGGGGCCAUCAUUGGAAAACAGGGUCAACACAUCAAACAGCUGUCACACUUUGCUGGAGCCUCCAUCAAGAUUGCUCCAGCAGAAGGAAUGGAUGCCAAGCACAGGAUGGUCAUCAUUGUUGGGCCACCAGAAGCUCAGUUUAAGGCUCAGUGUCGUAUCUUUGGCAAGCUUAAAGAAGAGAACUUCUUCGGGCCGAAGGAGGAGGUAAAGCUAGAAGCUCACAUCAAAGUUCCCUCGUUUGCUGCUGGACGUGUCAUUGGGAAAGGUGGAAAAACGGUGAACGAGCUGCAGAACCUGACCUGUGCAGAAGUGGUGGUGCCCAGGGACCAGACGCCUGAUGAGAACGACCAGGUCAUAGUGAAGAUCAGUGGACACUUCUUCGCGUGCCAGUUGGCCCAGAGGAAGAUUCAGGAGAUUCUGGCUCAGGUGAGGAGGCAGCAGCAGCAGCAACAACAGCAGCAGCAGCAGCCCAAGCCUCCAUCGGGAGCCCAGCCUCCGAUGCCACGCAGGAAAUAAAGGUCCAGAAUAACGGCGACUGGAUCGGUCAGGAAACUUGAAAGACGGACAGAUGCAGAAAAGCUCAGAGGGGGAAGGAAAAUGACAGUGGAUCCUAAUGCACAUCUCAGGGGUCAGGUCAGCGGAACCAAACAUCCACCCCUCCCUGAAUAACUUGAUGAGUUUUUAAAGUGUGGGUGAUGAGACCUGACACCUGAAGCUCCACCCACUUCACCUCUCUGCAUCUGCUGUGAGAAUGUACUACAGUGGGCUCCCAACAUCACAUGCCCUCCAUUUGAUCUCCCCCACCCCCCGGGUGUAGUUUUUUUUUUUUCUUUUUUUUUUUUUCCUUUUUUAGUUUGUUUUACACUAAAACCACAAAGAAUCCCCCCAUAUCUCCCCAUGGUGUGGUACCUUUAAAGAUGUUUAGGUUGUUUAGUCUCUUAAUGGGUUACAACUUUCUCACGAGUUUUUCCGUGGAAAGGAAAAAAGGCAUUGCUCGGUCCUGGUCGGACCAACAGAGGUUUAUUUGGGGGAGGGUUGGCUCUGGCUGGGUGGGCCACAUUUAGCGGGAAAAUUCUUGUUUAGGACAAGGACCCCCUGUGAGGAUGGAUUACAUUAGGCGUCCUGCCCUUGGAAUGACAGUGGCAUUUUUAAAAGAAAAUUCGGAUGCAUUUUAUAGAUAGACUUAUAUGAAUAAAUCGAUAUAUAAAUAUAUAUAAAUAUAUAUAUUUAGAGGAAUGGGCAGCGCUGCGACUGACCCUUUUGGGGAAAAGGGUGCCAAACUGCUGCUGCUGCCCUGGAAAAUCAAUUUAAUAUGCAUUUUGUUUAACUACCUCAGGAUCUAGUACCUCAGAAGAGAGAGAGAGAAAAAAAAGAUUAUAUGGAGAAAAAAAAAGUUCCUUUCUUUUUAUUUUGCUUUUGUGGUAUUUUGUAUACUUUAUAAAGCUGAUAGUCUUUGAACAUUUUUAUUUUUUUAAGAAAAUUUAAAAUCUUCAGGUCAGCUGCCAACUGACCUUGCCUUCAACUCUGGUGCUUUAGGCGGCAUUGUACAUGUGGAUGUGUGAACAGAGAUGACCCCCCUCCCCCUCCUCCCUCGCGCAUAAAGUUUAUUUGUACAUACCGGCCUCGGAGCAAGAGUUGGCGCCCCCCCCUCCCCACCUCAGCUGGCGGCUGACGAAGUAUAUAGAGAAAAGUAUUGCCUCAGUUCCCCCACCCAACCCCGAGGGUCCACCAUCUUGACAACAAAAACAAGUGCAGAACAACUAAACGCGUGCAAAUGAUGCCAACCGUACAUGCUUGCAGCAAUGCCAUUUAGUUUGGGGUUUUGUUGGUAGUUUUAAUGUCAACUUCUUUUUUUUGCCUUCCUAUGGGGGCUGCAGUCUUAAUGCUGCAGCUCAAACUGUGAUGGGUCCUCCCCGUAGCUGUGGUCAGCAUCUUUUUCUUCCCUUUUUUUUUUUUUUCACCCUUUUUGGUCCGUUUUUUUUAUUUCUGGGUCAUCUGCCGCCGUACUUGAUCAUGCUGUCCUGGUAAGGUCUAAACUCUGCCAUAGUGACGUAGCCAUCUGGUCAUUCAUAUCCUCCUGUGCAUGGCGAGAGUAGGGCGAGUGGCACAGAUGGAUGCAUUUUUUUUUUUUUGUGUUCAUACUUUACAUUUUUAGGAAAGCAAUUCUUUUUUUUCCAAUUUUUAAAAAAUUUUUUUUUUGGUAGCUCAUCCAGGGGAAAACAAGUUUAGUCGCACAUAAUUGUGAAUGAUCCCUGACUCGGACGGGAAGCAAAGAUCCAAAACGUAGUCAUUUUAUUUCCUUUGUUUCCAUGCCGAAUGUAAAUAUAUCGAUUGUGGUAAAAGUGCUAGUGUAUCCAUGCUUCCACAGUAGAACGCAGUCUACCUCAGCUGAGGGGGUGGGGGGGUGGGGUGGGGGGAGGAAGUUGCUGUGGCUCUGGACGCCUCGCCCCGCCCCCACUGAGCGCCAGCGCGCACCAAUACCUCAGUACCCCGAACACUUGUUUCUACCUGGGCGCGCCCUCCUGACACCACGCUUAACUGAGGGGCACAAACGAUCCUUAAGAUGAUCCUCCUGAUACUCACCCUCCCCUGAUCCAGUUUGUUUUUGAUCUACCUCUUUAGACGCAUAUUUGAAUUAGAGGCAUUCUUCCAUUUGUUAGAAACCCAACCCCCCCCCCCCCCUUCACCUACACACUUUUGUCCACCUCCCUGGUAAAGAAAUGAAAAUUUAAAAUCAUGAACUCUGUAGACUUGAGAAUUAUGGAAAGUGAUAGAAAUGUUUUCUUUUGACAGUGUUUAUAUAUACUCCUUUUGGCUUUAUUGAAAUCCUCAAUGGUUAUUCCUUUCUGCUUUCUAUUUUUGGUGGUGUGGCUUACAUGUAUUCAAACUAUUUCUAACUUUUUCUGUAAGAAAAUCAAUUUUUUUUGCCUUCAGUCCAAUACAAAAAAAAACAAAGGACCUGAUUGUUUUUGUUUUUUCAUCUUUCAGAUUUAUAAGACUUGAAGACAAGAAAAUGCAAGUCCCUUUUUUGUCUUUCACAGAUGCUACACUCACUCGCUGAUUUAACAGCAUUUUUCAGUUAGCAUUUCUUGACUGUGUAAUGUGGAACAGUUUUUCUUUUUUGGUAUGGGACAAAUUUAAAGAGACUGAAUCUGUUUUUUUUUUUUUUUUUUUUUGAAAAAGUGAUCUUCAGCAUGAUGUUCCCUUCUCCCCCUCUCUGCAACCAUACUUGUGCCCCGUCACCUCCCCACAAGCACACAGCUCCACUUGUCAAAUGCCUCUGAAUAAAAAGUAAUAAAAAAUA